GCUCGUAGUUUGUUUGGUGAAACCCUCCUCCGGCUGUGGGGUGGGGGGCCGCUCCAGCUCUCUCCUGUCAAGUCGGUAGAAAGUUUGAGAGCCGCGGCCGGUUAUGGCUUUCGCCAAUUUCCGCCGCAUUUUGCGGCUUUCCACGUUUGAGAAGCGGAGGCUGAGAGAGUACGAACACGUCCGGAGGGAUGUGGACCCCAAUCAGGUGUGGGAGAUCAUCGGGGAGCUCGGGGACGGAGCCUUCGGAAAAGUGUAUAAGGCCAAGAACAGGGAAACUGGUGUUUUGGCAGCUGCUAAGGUUAUUAAAACCACAAGUGAGGAUGAGUUGGAGGACUACAUGGUUGAAAUAGACAUCCUGGCCAGCUGCAACCACCCCAACAUUGUCAAGCUGCUUGGUGCCUUCUACUUCGAGAACAAUCUAUGGAUUAUGAUAGAGUUUUGUCAAGGAGGUGCAGUGGACGCGGUAAUGAUCGAACUGGAUCGUGCACUCACAGAACCUCAGAUUCAGACCAUCUGCAAACAGAUGUUGGAAGCCUGUGCCUAUCUCCACAGCAUGAAGAUCAUCCACCGUGACUUGAAAGCUGGGAAUGUGCUGCUGACACAGGAUGGGAACAUCAAGCUAGCUGAUUUUGGGGUUUCUGCAAAAAAUGUGAGGACGGUGCAGAAAAGAAGCUCUUUCAUCGGGACUCCCUACUGGAUGGCCCCUGAAGUGGUAAUGUGCGAGACCAUGAAGGAUGCUCCAUACGACUAUAAAGCAGACAUCUGGUCUCUGGGAAUAACUCUUAUUGAAAUGGCUGAAAAAGAACCACCUCACCAUGAGCUAAACCCCAUGCGUGUUCUACUCAAGAUUGCCAAGUCUGAGCCACCAACCCUUGUUGCCCCUUCAAAGUGGUCCCCAGAGUUCAAAGACUUCCUAAAGAAAGCGCUCGACAAGAAUCCAGAGACCAGGCCUAGUUCUGUGCAGCUUCUGGAGCAUCCAUUUGUGAAUAAAGUCACCAGUAACAAACCACUGCGGGAUCUAGUGGCAGAAGCCAAGGCAGAUGUUUUGGAUGAAAUCCAGGAUAAUGGGGAAGUAGAAGAGGAGGUCUCACCAGAUCCACUUUCUCCACCUAGAAAUAAGAAGGAUGAUAGCAAAUACUCAUUUGAGGUCGACAAAGCCAAGGACGUUCCUGAGGAACCUGUGAGGAAUGGCAUAAAACCUCAUACAGACUUAGAGGUGUCAAGCACAGAGAAGCAGAAUGAGCGAGGUUCAAGCAGCGGAUCAGAUAAAAUAGAAAAAAGCUCUCUGGAGGACCGUGUACAGAAUCUACCCCCUGUUGAUGAUAAGCCUGACAUCAUCAUUGUCAACCCACUUGUUAACAACUUGGACCACAAGAGGGACUCCAUGGCAGAGAAGUCCAGCCAGAACAGGCCAUACAGUCAGGAUCUCACAUCGGUCACAGGACACAGGCCAAAGAGCAGCUUCUCUGACCGUCUCUCUGUGGAACUAGUUCCCAAUGGAAGCUUUGACGCAACUGGACGUUCUUUUAGUACACGAUCCAAGAGGGAUUCAGAUUCAGGCAGUAACUCUGCCUCCGACAGUAUGGACCUCACCAUGAAUUUGUCUGCUGAUUUCUCUAUCAACAAAGAAACCGGCUCUCUAUCUGUCAGGGAAUCCCGACUUCAAAACAAAACCUUGAAACGUACAAGGAAGUUUGUCGUGGACGGAGUGGAAGUUAGCGUUACUACCUCAAAAAUCAUAAGUGAAGACGAGAAAAAGGAUGAAGAAAUGCGAUUCUUGAGGAGACAGGAACUGCGCGAGUUGCGGCUGCUGCAGAAAGAGGCGCACAGGAACCAAGCUCAGCUGACCGCCAAACACCAUUUGCAGCUGGAGCACAUGAUUCGCCGCUUUGAACAAGAAAUGAACGCCAAGAAGAAGUUCUAUGACACAGAGUUGGAAAUCCUUGAGAGACAACAGAAGCAGCAGAUUGAAAAAAUGGAGCAAGAGCACACCAUACGGAGACGGGAUGAAGCCAAGCGUAUCCGAACUGAUCAAGAGCGGGAGUAUGCCAAGUUCCAAGAUCAUCUCAAGCUCAUAAAGAAGGAGGUGAAGAUGGCCGUAGAGAAGCUGCCCAGGCAGCAACGUAGGGAAAGCAUGAAGCUGAAAAUGGAAGAAUUUGCUCAGAAAAAGCAGACAGAGGAACAGCAGUUUUUACGCAAACAGAAAGAGGAUUUGACCAUGGCCAUGAAGGCAAUAACUGUGGAGAAUAAGACAGAGAUAUAUAACAAAGAGCGGGAGUUUCUGAAUAAGAAGCAGCAGCUUCUGAGAGAUAGAGAAGCCUUCAUCUGGGAUUUGGAAGAGCGUCACCUACAUGAAAAACACCAGCUGAUAAAGCAGCAGCUGAAGGAUCAGUACUUCCUACAACGUCAUGAACUCCUGCGAAAGCACGACAAGGAGCAAGAACAGAUGCAGCGGUAUAACCAGCGCAUGCUGGAGCAGCUCCGGCUACGGCAGCAACAAGAGAAGGCCAGGCUCCCUAAGAUACAGAGGAGCGAAGGGAAGACGCGAAUGACCAUUUACAAGAAGAGUCUUCAUAUCAGUUCAAGUGGCAAUGCUGCUGAACAGAGAGAGAAGAUAAAACAGUUUUCUCAGCAAGAGGAAAAGCGUCAGAGAGCAGAGAGGCAGCUGCAGCAGCAGAAGCAUGAGCAACAGAUGAUGGAAAUGCAGGCGGAGUGCGAGAGCAACGCCAGAGAACUGCAGCAGCUUCAGAACGAGAAGUGUCACCUCUUAGUAGAACAUGAGACCCAGAAGCUGAAGGCCUUGGAUGAAAGCCAUGGUCAGAUGCUGAGAGACUGGCGGGAGAAGCUUAGGCCCCGCAAGAAGGCUUUAGAGGAGGAUCUAGAACAAAAGAAGCAGGAACAGGAGAUGUUCUUCCGAAUGAGUGAAGAAGCAGGAGCACAAACAGCGUCUCCUCACAAGCCUGCCAAAUUCUAUCCUUACACUUCUGCUGAGGCGUCGUAGGCUUUGGCCGACCAGUGAACAAACCAAACGUUGUUUAACAGAAUUCUGUUAUUUCUGUAAAUUCUAAAAUGUGAAAAUCAGUUAUAAAAUAACGAUAUGAUUUAACAAUAUUCUAUUUUGUUAGCGUUAUAAACGAAAUAAGACUGCGUGUCUUCAUUCUAGGUCCCUUUGGAGGCGUUAUAUCCUUGGCACGCUAAAGGAACACUGGAAACACACAAUUGGGCCAUUUCAUAUUAAAAUGCACACACAUGUUUCCCAAGCCCCAUACACCAUGCUCCCCCCAUCCAGAAACCCCUCACUAGAAACAUCUAAGUACGGAGUGAAUGGUUGGUACAUUGUUUCAAUUCUGACUUGUCGUUAUUUGCCUUGGUAUAAAGAAACAAUUGUAAAAAUAAUAAAAAAAACAUUAGAAGGGACCAAGCAAUAUAUAGACCUUUUUUUUUAAUAUGACAUUCUAAUGCAGAGCACGUCUAAUAUUAAGAUGUAACAUUAUUUUAUUUUAUGACAUAAAUAAGAGCACUUUUGCCUAACAAUUUAAUGUGAGUGGACUGCUGGCCAGUCUGUAUUUCAAGGGCCACGUUCAUUACAUUUUUGCUGUAGGAAGCUUAACCAACCAAGGCUGGACAAUACUAUAACAUCUUGGUUAACUUGGCGUGAGCCGCCCUGCGCAGUAUUGAUAUGCAUUCUACGGUAUAACAUUUACUUGUGCCUUCAAUGAUAAUCCUGUGUCAUAAUUUCAUUCUCAUUGAUUGCUUUCUU